ACUGGUACUGGGAGUGGGACCCACCGCGGCACAGCAACGAUUUGAGCCAACCGCCUUACAUAAGCGAUGUAAAAGUCGAGUCCCAAGAGACUACGGAGCAAAAGUGCCUUCCUUGAUGGAUCCCACAACAAACCGAGUGCCUAUCAGUACACGGACUGAGCCUUAAACCUGAGUGCCUUAGGAACUAAGCGGAACAAGCAACCAAAUACACCAACAUACACAGGUGAGAUGUCGGGGAGAAACUAUCAGCGCCAGAGCCUGGAACUGCGCAGUCCGGAUCAGGACAACAGUCUGGAGGAUGUCGGGGACAGCCGUUUUCGGAACAUGCUCGGCUCCAGUGCCAGCCAGAGGCGUCGCCAACAGCGGGUGGCCCAGCACCGGCAGGAGUCGUGGUUCCGUCACUCUAUGCCGCCGGCCGUCAAUCGAGACUUUGAGUCUUUGGAGCAUCUGACACCCAAGACAAGCAGCGGACUGGACGAGCAGUUGGCCGCCUCCGUCUCGAACAGCGUCCACAGCGGUGGGAGCUCCACGCUCUGCGGCAGUCGGGGCGGCAAUACGGACAACUUUAGCAUCCAUCUGAACAGUGCGAACAGCAAUCUGGGAUUUAUAGACUCCGACACUCCCAAUACGCCGAUCACUCCACCCAGAUCGGCCUCGUCCUCCAUCAGCGGUGGCCUGCAGCCGCCCGCAUCCGUCUCCACCUCGGUGGGUGGCACGCUCUCAUCGCGCCAAGGCGCCGCCGGGCUGCCUCAGAGCUCCCAUCGCAGUCGUAAGGACUCCAAGAGUUCCAUCCUGUCCAGACAGAGCCUGGCACAGCGUGGCCUGCGAAUGACAGCCUCGUUUCUACGCAGGAAACGAAAGGAGUACGAAGAUGAUGAGGACAUCACCUCGUCCGCUGGCUUCGAUGCAGAGGAUGGAGAGAGGCGUGUCAUAAUCCUGAAUGGCGCACAGCCCGCUAAGUACUGCAACAAUCGCAUAACGACGGCCAAGUAUAACAUAAUCAGUUUUCUGCCCUCGUUCCUGUUCGAGCAGUUUCGACGAUACUCCAAUUGCUUUUUCCUGCUAAUCGCAUUGCUGCAGCAAAUCCCAGAUGUAUCGCCGACGGGUCGCUACACAACUCUGGUGCCCCUGAUGUUCAUCCUGUCAGUCAGCGCCAUCAAGGAGAUCAUUGAAGAUGUGAAGCGCCAUCGCGCCGAUAAUGAGAUCAAUCAUCGACACAUCGAGCGGCUGGAGAACGGCACCUGGUCGACAGUCCGCUGGUCGGAGCUGACCGUGGGGGACAUUAUAAAAGUAACGAUAAACACAUUUUUCCCCGCGGACCUGAUUAUCUUAUCGUCGAGUGAGCCCCAGGCCAUGUGCUUCAUUGAGACGGCCAAUCUGGAUGGGGAGACCAACCUGAAGAUACGACAGGGAGUGACUGCCACUGCGGGACUGCUGGAGACGAAGGACCUAUCAAUGCUGCAGGGAAAAAUCGAGUGCGAGCUGCCCAAUCGGCAUCUGUACGAGUUCAACGGGGUGCUAAAGGAAUUCGGAAAGCAAUCCGUGCCCCUGGGCAACGAUCAGGUGCUGCAGCGCGGCGCCAUGUUGCGGAACACGGCCUGGGUGUUUGCGGUCGUCGUCUACUCGGGCCAGGAGACGAAGCUCAUGAAGAACUCUACCUCAGCGCCGCUGAAACGGUCGACCGUCGACAAGCUAACCAACACCCAGAUCCUGAUGUUGUUCAUGAUCCUGAUCUCGCUCUGCAUCACCAGUGGCCUGUGCAAUCUGUUCUGGACCCGAGAGCACUCGGAAACGGACUGGUAUCUGGGCCUGAGCGACUUCAAGAGCAUGAGCCUGGGCUACAAUCUGCUCACGUUCUUCAUUCUGUACAACAACCUGAUACCCAUAUCGCUGCAGGUCACCCUCGAGCUGGUGCGCUUCCUGCAGGCCAUAUUCAUCAACUACGACAUCGAGAUGUACUACGAGCCCUCGGACACGCCCGCGAUGGCACGCACCUCGAACCUCAACGAGGAGCUGGGCAUGGUGAAGUACAUAUUUUCGGAUAAGACGGGCACGCUCACGCAGAACGUGAUGGCCUUUAAGAAGUGCUCCAUUGCGGGGCAUGUAUAUUCCCCUCAGCGCACACCGGAGGAGUCGCUGCUGGUGCAGAACAUACUCAGGCGCCACGAGACGGCUGAGGUCAUCGAGGAGUUCCUGGUGCUGCUCUCCGUCUGCCACACCGUGAUACCCGAGCGGGGGGAUGAGGGCAUCAUCUACCACGCCGCCAGUCCGGACGAGCGCGCCCUGGUCGAGGGCGCCCACUUCUUUGGCUACAUCUUUGACACCCGCACGCCCGAAUACGUGGAGAUCAACGCACUGGGGCAGCGCCGUCGCUAUCAGGUGCUCAAUGUGCUGGAGUUCACAUCGGCGCGGAAGCGCAUGUCGCUGAUAGUGCGGACGCCGGAGGGCAAGAUCAAGCUCUUCUGCAAGGGCGCCGAUUCGGUGAUAUACGAACGCCUGUCCGCGCAUGAUCGGCAGUACCGUGACCGGACGCUGCAGCACCUCGAGGAGUUCGCCUCGGAGGGUCUGCGCACACUGUGUCUGGCCGUGGCCGACAUCCAGCCAGAUGUGUACGAGGAGUGGCGAAACACCUACCACAAGGCAGCGACGGCGCUCCAGUACCGCGAACGCAAGCUGGAGGAUGCGGCGGACCUCAUUGAGAUCAAUCUGCGCCUACUGGGCGCCACCGCCAUUGAAGAUCGCCUGCAGGACGGCGUGCCGGAGACGAUUGCGGCGUUGCUGGAAGCCGGCAUAUUUAUUUGGGUGCUAACCGGCGACAAGCAAGAAACGGCUAUAAACAUAGGAUACUCCUGCAAGCUGAUCUCCCACGCCAUGGACAUAAUCAUCCUCAACGAGGAGAGCCUCGACGCAACCCGCGACGUUAUCCUACGCCACUUUGGGGAAUUCAAGAGCUCGACGGCCACCGACUCAAACGUGGCCCUGGUCAUUGAUGGGACCACACUAAAGUACGCCCUGAGCUGUGAUCUACGGGGCGAUUUUCAGGAGCUUUGCCUGCUCUGUCGCGUGGUCAUCUGCUGCCGCGUGUCGCCGAUGCAGAAGGCGGAGGUGGUCGAGAUGGUCACCCAGAGCACCAAGGCGGUGACGCUGGCCAUCGGGGAUGGAGCCAACGAUGUGGCCAUGAUACAGAAGGCAAACGUUGGCAUUGGAAUAUCCGGCGUCGAGGGUUUGCAGGCGGCCUGCGCCUCGGACUAUUCGAUCGCCCAGUUUCGGUUCCUGCAGAGGCUGCUGCUCGUGCACGGGGCAUGGAACUAUGCGCGCAUCAGCAAGCUGAUCCUGUAUAGCUUCUACAAGAACGUCUGCCUGUACGUUAUCGAGCUGUGGUUCGCCCUCUACUCCGGCUGGUCGGGGCAGAUCCUGUUCGAGCGGUGGACGAUUGGCCUUUACAACGUGCUCUUCACGGCCAUGCCCCCCUUCGCCAUGGGUCUGUUCGAGAAGUUUUGCACGGCCGAGACGAUGCUUAAGUACCCGAUGCUGUACAAGCCGUCGCAGAAUGCCAAAUUUUUCAAUGUGAAGGUCUUCUGGAUCUGGAUCUUCAAUGCCCUUCUGCACUCGGUGUUCCUCUUCUGGCUGCCCAUGGCCGCGUAUACAUCGGAUGACAUCUGGAAGGAUGGCAAGACCAAUGACUACCUGAUGAUGGGCAAUUUGGUGUAUACGUAUGUAAUUGUGACGGUAUGCCUGAAGGCGGGCCUCAUCACGAACUCCUGGACCUGGCUGACGCACAUGGCCAUUUGGGGCUCCAUAGUGCUCUGGUUCGUCUUUGUUGUGAUUUACAGUCACUGCUUUCCGACAUUCAACAUAGGCAGCAACUUCCCCGGAAUGGACAUCAUGAUGCUGUCCACGCCGGUGUUCUAUUUGGGACUGGUUCUGGUGCCAGUCACCACCCUACUGAUCGAUGUCAUCUGCAAACUGAUACACAAUACUGUGUUCAAGACCCUCACGGAGGCAGUGCGGGAGACUGAGAUUCGGCGCAACGAUCUCGCCGAAGUGAUGAACGAGCCUCGAUCUUCAGAUUCUGGUUUUGCUUACGCCCUGGGCAAGCUAAUGCGUUCCAGCUCAGUCCUCAUAUCCCGCCGGUCCUCAUUCACUGGCAGCAGAGACUACACCCUCUCAGUCGUCCAGCCAGGCUCAAGCCUACGCAUAGAGAACCUAGAUAUCGAAGACGACAGCGUCAGUCAGCAGCGGAGCAGACGGCGGCAAAACGAGGCAGCAACGGGAACCAGCAGCAAGCCGCGACGUGUUGCCGGCGGCACUGCUCUGAGCGCCAGCUCCACCUCCUCCACUAUCACUACCACGCUGCAUAUGUGAACAACUGGAACCAGGCAAGGAAAAGCAAAGCAUUAUGGCAGUCAAAUUGUCUUAAUAGUGUUAUAUUGUUAUUAAAUAAGUAUACAUACCUUUUUAAGUGGGAUAUUUACCUGUAUGCGCAUUGAGUACCUUCUAGUAACUGUCGAAUUCAUAUCAUCUAUCAUAUGUAUAGACUUAAACGUGUGAAUGCGGAAUAUUUAUACAAAGGAGUAUAUGGUAUUGUAUGUGCUAACUAUUUGCCAACUGUGAUAGUGUCCGAAGAGAUACUGUAUGUAGAUCGAUGGACACGCUACGAUAGACAAACUAAUGUCAAAGCAUUCCCAACAUAUAGGUAUACAUAUAUGUAUGUAAAUGUGUACAUACAAUUAAUUAAUUAUUAAUAUUGUACUUUAGUUUUAUCUUUUCUAUGGCUGGAUGUACUAUAAUUUACAGUUUUAAGAGACGUGUCAGGUUGUAAAAGUAAAAAUUCAGCGACUACUCGUACUUAAGUGUGUUCCCGUUCCCCCUCAGUAAGGAGGUGCUUAUCCAACAAUCGAUUAUUAACUACGUAUACCUCCUACCUAUCUAUAUACAUACUAUUUACGGAAUGUGAUGUAUAUUCCCAGAUGAUAUUUAUGUAUGUAUCUAUGAAUGUAAUGUAUUUAUGUAUACCGCACCGUCCUUCACAGACCGCAUGCAAUUUUACUAUGCCGAUGAUACUAUAUGUACACUUACUCUAUGGCUGUUGAAUGAUUUAAUCUUUAAUCUGAUCUGAUAUGAUCCGAUCUGCUCUGCACUUACAUAUGUAUUUUGUAUUUAUAUGAUUUUAUUUUGUAUUAAUUAACACACAAAAAUGCGACUUUAACCAAUCAAAUCCAACCACACCCAACAUUUGAAACCUGAAACCCAAGAACACACAACAAUAACCAAUAAUCAAUAAUAUAAUAAAUCAAAAAAGUCAACAGCAAAAUUCUUUAAAAUGU